AUGACCGACGACAGCAAUGAAGAUGAAGCCUCGCUCCUCGCACCCUUGACCGACGACGAUGACGAGCCCUUGAUCGACGCCGCCAUCAUGGACAGCCUCCUCGACGAGCCGUGUCCCAGGCGCGUGCGGAAGCGGCAGAAGGACGAGCUUGUCUACCUGCGCAAGCAAGUGGCCGAGCUCAGCGCACACCUCGCCGCCCUUACGAACGACAACGCAUCCAAGCUCCAGAACUGCAGCACGCGCUGGGAGCGUGUUGCGCAAAACCAAAAGAUGGCGGCGCAGCAAGCGACGAUGGAGAACGCGCGGCUCAAGCGGUCGCUCGAAGAUCAGCUGCAUUUGGCCACCGCGCUCGACAAGCUGCUUGUCAAGCGCCCCCGCCUCGCGGUUAUGGCGGUAGCCGACACGGCCGACUGGAAGCUACGGCGUCUGCCGUCCGAGCCUGCUGCGCGCGCCGCCGCCUUGGACGCGAUCCUAACCGACGCUUACGAGAACGUCGAGUCGCUCUUUGUGCGGUCCCGAAUUCUCGACGCUGCACCGGGGCACCGCUCGCUGAGCGUCACCGAAGUCGAUGAUACGCUUUGCGUGGCCGUCGAGAGCGUGGCGGCCUUGCCCCACACCUUUAUGGACGCGAGCAACAACGUAUGGUCGUUCUGGGCGACCAGCGACGGCCUCCAGCUCGCGUUUGCUCGCUACGAGCGCCUGCAAAUGGUUGGCGACGACACGGUGUACUGUCGCGUCACAGCCUCCAUGGACGAAGGCAUGCCAUGCAUUGGCAUGCUCUACGCCAUCAAGCGCUUCGUCCAGGACAACCGCGUCAUCUUUGUCCUCAAGACCAUUCUGGACGACGAAAGCUACCCGUGGCCACGUGGCUUGCUUAUUGGCAACCACACGGCGAGCAUCGUCGUCGAGGCGGCCGGUGACAACCACUCCAUUCGCCGCAUGGUGGUCGCGGGCAAGAUCUCGACCCAGCUCCCAGACGAGAGCCCUCUUCGUGGCGUGCCCACCACCAUUGGCGAAGUCGUGCUCAAGAUCGUACGACCCGUCUUUGACACGCUCGAGUUUCUCUUGAGCUAA